AGCAGCGCCAGCGCGGAUUGUCGCACGCGAGGAGCAGUAGGCCUGUGUUGUUGGUAUUUUAUAACGAGCAUCCCCGCCUAAUGAACAUCGCCUCUUGAGCAAUGAGCGGCAAAGCGUAAUUCGGCUAUCGACAGCACCACCACCUGCUGCUAUACGCCCUAGUGCAUCGGUAAAACCUUUCGUUCGCAAGGGGGCGACUUUUACCGUGCUGCCAUCGGGACAUUUACAUCGCGCCACUAUAUAAAGGAGCGUCAUUAUUUAGCUAUCGGUGGUGUGUUGGGAAUAUCCGCUGCUCGUCGUUCGAGCCAUUUGCCCGGAUCACAUCGAGAACGCAAGCGGACGGCGCUUCGGACACUAGUGGAUAACCAUGCAGCUUCUACUGCUCCUGUUCACGGCAGGAGCUGCGACUGCUGCUCUCGCGCAAGUUGGACGCAGCCCCGAUGGACGCCAACAGUACAGAACUCAAGAGCCCGGAGGCUACUCGUUCGGCUACAGCCAAGCCCACGGUGCAGGCGAUGGCGCCUCGUGGCGCAAGGAGUCCGCGGAUGCGGCGGGCAACGUGAUCGGCUCGUACGGUCUCAAGGACGCCGACGGGAGGGUCAGGGUGGUCACGUACGUGGCUAACCAAGACGGCUUCCAGGCGAACGUCCAGUCGAACGAGCCCGGUCUGCCCCAGCAGCACCCAGGGCUCGGGGCUGGUAUUACUCCAUGGCCUAUUCCUCAAGGUCACGUACAUGGACACAAUCCCGGGGCACAUCCAGGAACAGCUGCAACCACGUCACAGCGGGGUUCUCGGGCAGCCAGUGGUAGUCCUCACGUCGCAUCGGGGCACGCCGAUGCUCCCGGUGGCGCACCGUACAGCUUUUCGUAUGACGCGAGCGCGGCUGGAGGUCCCUUCCAACAGGAGGUGGGAGACGCCCUAGGUAAUAAGAAAGGCGUUUACGGUCUACCAGGCCGAACAGUGAAUUACGUCGCCGAUGCGGGCGGAUUCCGCUCCAGUGUCCAGUCCAAUGAACCGGGUGUUGAUAACUCCAAGAGCCCCGCAGACGUAGUCUUUACAGGAAGUUCUUCAGCCAUUGUACCACCGCCUUCUCCAUCUGCAUCGUCCGGAAACCCGGAAGAUGACAAUGGGCUCCUGUUCCCGCCUCCGUACCCAGGAGGCACCGGUACACCUGCCACCGGUGGGCCUGCCAACGGUGCACCCGGUUCAGUGGCAACCGGCUACGGUACCCAAGACGCGUCGGAAGCACAAGAUCCAGCAAAUGUUGACUUCACCAAAGGACCCGAGCCAGUCGGAAUAGCUUUGGUGUAUUCCGGCCCUCCCGGUUCGCCUCCCUCAGGAGCUGCGCUCGUCCCGUCGUCGAGUCUAGGUGCAGGAGCACCAACGAUUCCUGUUGCCCCGGUAGGCGGUGCAUUUCCAGCGCCACCCGGAGCCAUGGGACCUGUAGACACUGGGUAUGGCCAGCAAGACGGUUCCGGAGCGUACAACUUCGCUUACGGAAACGGCCAAAUCGAAGGACCAUGGCAGCAGGAGUCUGGAGACGCUGCGGGCAACAAAGCGGGAUCGUACGGCCUCAGAAUUGACGAUGGCAGAUUUCGCACUGUGAAUUACGUCGCUGGAACCCAGGGUUUCAGAGCCAGUUUAGACACGAACGAACCAGGAGUGGACGGUGCCCAGAUCCCGGCCGACGUCAGCGUCAACAAGAGUCCGGGGCCAGAGGGAACUGUGCCAGGCGGUGGGUCCUCGGGCCCCAAUGGCGGCACUCAACCCACAGGUGCUGGUGGCCUUCCCGGAGUUCAAGGACAGGUAGUCAUUCCUGCUGCUCCUGUGGGUCCCGCGACAACGGGACUCCCAGGAGUGUCAUUUGUUUCUAGGCCUGCCGGCUUUCCUAGUGUUCAGGAACAGGCUGUCGUCCCUGUUGGUUCAGUGGGCGCUGCCACGUCCGGACUGCCAGCGGCGUCCUGGGUUCCUGAGACGGCCGGAUUUUCCGGGAUUCGUGGUUCUCCAAGCGGUCCAGUGGCACCGGGCCUGAACGUGCCAGUGCCCACGAGCGAUGUAGUCUUCACCUCUCCAUCGCUCGGUCCUGCCAGCGGUUACAGUUUCGGCUACAGUGGUGGGCCCGGAGGCGCCUUUCACCAUGAAGCAGGUGACGCUUCAGGGUCAAAGACUGGCAUCUACGGCUUCAACAGCGAGGGUGGCGCUGUUCGCACAGUGAACUACGUCGCCGACAACGCUGGGUUUCGAGCCAGCGUCCAGAGCAAUGAGCCGGGCGUCGACACAUCCCAGUAUCCUGGCCACGUUUCCCUUAGUCCACCCGGAGGCGUGGCCGUGAUACCACCAGCUUCAUCAGUUCCAAACACACCACAUACUAUGCAUCACGCGAUCCCUGGACGACACGCCCACGCGGGUACUCCGCCCGCACCUUCAGGGGCCGGCGGGAGUUCAGUGGGACCCUGGAGUCCAGGAAAUGUUUGGCCUGAGUUGAGCCAAAAUCAUGGAUCGGGUGGCUUUUCUUACAAAACCGAAGUCCUCGGUCCACAUCAGAGCGUCACCGAAGUUCACCAAUGGUGCUCUGCUCGGUCAUCACGCGAUCAGCUGCAGAGCAUUGCGGAUACCGGACUCACUAUGAAGGUCAUCAUCCUCCUCGCCGCUCUUGCGGUUGUCAAUGCCGGAUUUGUUGGCCACGCCGGAUAUGGUCACGGGUACGGCCAUGGCUACGGCCACGGUGUUGUCGCCAAGGUCGCCGAGACUGGACACUCCUCUCAGCACCGGUCUCAGGAUCUUGCCGGCAACUACAAUUUCGGCUACAAGGAGGGCCACACCAGCGGCGGCUCCUUCCGCCAGGAAGCCGGUGACGCCUGGGGCAACAAGGUCGGUUCCUACGGUCUGACCGACGCUGAUGGCCGCGUCCGCGUUGUCAAGUACGUUGCCGACGGCCACGGCUUCCGCGCCCACAUCUCUACCAACGAGCCCGGAACUGCCGCAUCCCACCCUGCUGCCGCUGCCUACAACGCCCGCCACGCCGUUCCCGCUGCCGGCUACGGGGUCGCCGCCCCUGUAGCUAAGGUCGCUGUCGCUGCCGCUGUUCCCGUGGCUGCCUACGCGCACGCUCCCUACGGAUACGGAGGCUACGGAGGUUACGGAGGUCACGGAGGUUAUGGAGGUUACGGAGCCUACGGAGGUUACGGAGGCUAUGGAGGUCACGGAGGCUACUACGGACAUGGCCAUGGAGGAUACGGCUACGGCCACGGCGUCUUCCACGGAGCCCAUGGUCACGGCCACUAUGGUUACCAUGGUUAAGCCUCGCAUCGCCUGUAUAGAGUGGUAUAGUUUCCCAAGGACUGUCCUAAACUGAGACCUCGUGCGCCUCUGUGCAUCUCCUUCUCUUUGUCCUUCGUCUCUAAUGUCCCUUUGUGCGUCGUCCAGCCCCUACUGUGAUUCUUUCUUCUGUGUUUGUGCUCGCCGCGAUGCAGGUGUUUCGUUUUGCUAUUCCCAGAACUGAGUGUGAUUUUCCUCCUUCGCACUGUCGCUGUUUCGUAUGCCUGCGCUUUUAAUUUAUUUCCUCCCUCCACGUCUCCUCUGCAGCUUUUCGUCCAGUGCGUGUCCUAGUACAAAAGCUGCUCGAGUGUUUGUCGUUCAAUAAACGUUGUCUCUUUUGUUGAUCGAAA